AUGGCGUCGAACGCAAGGGAGAGUAAUUACCGGAAAGGUUUGGUGAUCGGGAAGACAAAUCACGUGGAAGAAGAUGAGCUUUCAGCUUUCACAGAGGAGACUUGGAGAGUGAGAAAGAAAUAG